AUGGAGGCCCAGGUCGAGAAUGCCAUCCAAAUCGCCUUCGACCCGACUUCGAGCCAGCAGCUGCGCGGACAGGCGGUAGAAUUCCUCGAGCGUCUGCGCUCAGAAGGUUCCGCAUGGCAGGCCAGUCUUGCACUCUUCACACGCGAUCCUCGCCCGUCGGACAUUAUCCGGCAUACCUCUCUCGAUCUCGUAAACAAUGCCGUCCAAGAGCACCGGCUGGACGAGCAGAGUCUCGCAUACAUCAAAGACACGCUGAUGAGUCAUGUUCGACAGUCGUAUGCGCCUGGCAGUAGCACAGCCGACACCUCGCACAUUCAGAACAAGUUGAUGCAGACCAUGACAUAUCUCUUUGCCGCCCUGUACCCAACAUCAUGGCGGAGUUUCUUCGACGACUUCCGGGCUCUGGCCGGUGACCAGGCGACUAUUGGCAAUGUCAACACUGCGACCACAUUCCUAUACCUCCGAAUGUUGGUACAGGUCCACGAUGAGAUCGCUGAUCAAUUGGUCGCUCGAUCAAAGGAGGAGACGGACCGCAACACACACUUGAAGGACCUGAUUCGCGACAACGACAUACAAAAGAUUGCAUUGUCCUGGCAAGAGAUCCUCGCAAAGUGGAGGGAGACAGACUUGAGUCUUGUGGAGAUGUGCCUGCGGACCAUUGGUCGAUAUGUGAGCUGGAUUCGUCUGGAGCUCGUCAUCAACCAGGACAUGAUCACCACCUUCCUCGAAAUGGCUGGCCAACAGGGGAUUUCGGAUCCAGAGAGCCCUGCCGGUAAGGUGCGCGAUGCGGCCAUAGACACCUUCUCCGAGAUUGUGGGCAAGAAGAUGGAACCGUCCAACAAGAUCGAACUGAUUCUAUUCCUCAACCUUCCCGAUGUUGUUGGACAGCUUAUUACUAGUCCGGCGUUGGCAGAGUUUAACAGUCCGAACUACGACAAUGAUCUUGCCGAAACAGUGGCCAAACUGGUUAACAAUAUUGUCUUUGAUGUGGUCAAAAUCCUGGAGAAUGACAAUGUUGACGAGCAGACGCGACAGCGUGCCGACGAUCUCAUUCGCAUCUUCACACCGUAUUUGCUCCGCUUCUUCGCGGACCAAUACGAUGAGGUCUGUUCCACCGUCAUCCCGUCCUUGACCGACCUCCUCACCUUCCUCCGAAAGCUGCAGAAAAAGCAAGGGACGGUCCCCCCUCAAUAUGCUGCGGUCUUGCCGCCUGUGCUAGAUGCCAUCAUUGCGAAAAUGAAGUACGACGAGACAGCAGACUGGGGUGAGGAAGGCGAGCAGACGGAUGAGGCCGAGUUUCAGGACCUUCGAAGGCGCCUGCACGUUUUACAACAGACCAUCACGACUAUUGACGAGUCGUACUACAUAGAAACACUAAGUCGUCUAGUGAACGGCACUUUCAGUGGCUUGUCCCAAGGGGAUCAAAGCCUGAACUGGCGUGAUCUUGAGCUCGCACUCUAUGAAAUGUACCUCUUCGGAGAGCUUGCAAUCAGGAACCAAGGAUUGUUUGCGAAGCGCGAGCCUUCAUCUGUUGCUGCUCAACAUCUUGUGGGUAUGAUGAACAGCAUGAUCGAUUCUGGUCUUGCAAAUUACCCACAUCCAGCUGUCCAGCUACAGUACAUGGAGAUCUGUGUGCGGUACUACCAGUUCUUCGAGCAAAACCCUCACCUGAUCCCAAAGGUUCUCGAGAACUUUGUGCAACUUACUCACAGCUCUCAUGUCAAGGUCAGGUCGCGAUCAUGGUACCUCUUCCAGCGUCUUGUCAAGCACCUGCGUGCACAGCUCGGCAACGUCUCUUACGACAUCAUUCAGGCUGUCGCAGAUUUGCUUACUAUCAAAGCCGAAUUACCGGAUACAUCUGAAGACGAAAUGUCGUCCGACGAGGAGGACCAGUCUGCAGAUGCUUUGUUCAACUCACAGUUGUACCUCUUUGAAGCAGUUGGCUGCAUCGCAUCAUCGAACACUGUUUCCGCAGAAAACAAGAAGCUAUACGCGCAAACCAUCAUGAGCCCUCUGUUUGUCGAUCUCGAACAGACACUACCACAAGCACGGAACGGCGAUGAUCGCGCCACCCUUCAAAUUCAUCAUAUUAUCAUGGCUCUUGGAACGCUAGCUCGUGGCUAUUCAGAUUGGGUACCUUCCAACAACAGCAGUGCAGUACCCCACAGCGAUGUGGCAGACGAGUUUGUAAAAGCUUCUGAAGCUAUUCUUGUCGCACUUGAAUCUCUCAACUCUUCUAGCUCGAUUCGUCAUGCAGCACGAUUUGCUUUUUCUCGUAUGAUAGCUGUCCUGGGCUCGCGACUACUGCAGCAAUUACCAUCAUGGAUUGAGGGACUGUUGUCGCUUAGCUCAUCCAUGGAUGAGAUCAGCACCUUCCUUAAAGUACUCGGCCAGGUCGUCUUCACAUUCAAGUCUGAGAUCUCUAAUAUUCUGGAUACAGUCAUGACUCCUGUCUUGCAGCGCAUCUUCAGUGCGUUGGCAACUACACCUUCGGGCACGGAUGACGAGAUCCAGCUGGCUGAGCUCCGACGCGAGUACCUGAACUUCCUCAUUGUGGUUCUGAACCAGGGUCUUGGAUCUGUGCUCGUCAGUAACACGAACCAGUCAUCCUUUGAAACCAUCAUCUCUUCGAUUGAGAACUUUGCUCGCGACACACACGACGCGCCCACCGCUCGAUUGGCCAUCUUCGUUCUGAUCCGCAUGAUCAACGUAUGGUGUGGACCCGACAAAGUAGGGCCUGGUGCGAACCAAACGCCUACUUCCCCGGCCACUACACAAGCACCACUGCCAGGUUUCGAGAACUAUGUGGUUGAGCGCUUUUCUCCUCUUGCAUGGUCUAUCCCGGCUUCACCCGGCUUCAACUCGAAGGAUGCACAAGCAAAACAAGUCUUGGUAGAAGCUGCGAAUUUGCAGACAGAGAUCGUCAAGAAGGUCGGAGAGCCAUACGUCGAACGUCUCAAGAGUGAUCUUAGCGGGAACGGCGUUGCUGCCGAUGGUGUGGACCAGUACGUGCGCACUCUGGCAGGCGCACUCGAAGGCACGAAGAAAGAGAAAGAGUGGAGGAACUUUUUUGUCCAGUUCGUCGAUCGCAUGCUGUCGGGCCGUGGCUGA